UUCACCGAGAAAAGUUGGUUUUUCUUUUGCGUCCGUUCAUCGCAUCAACGUCUAUACUUUUGUGGUGUGCGUCUUUUUCGAGCAGUAGAACAUGCCGGUUUCCACAAACUAUAGUAGAAGAUAAUCUUUAAAUUUAGUUCGAGAGAGAGAGGCCAACCCACCUUCAACUGACGGUUGGAGAGCGUUCAUAGAGUGAGUAUAAACAGAGCGCGCGAGACCGGGACCGUGCGCUCAUCCGCGGCGUGUUACAUCUUUAGUGGCUGCGUCAAGUGAAGUUCGGUGUUAUCAUGUUUAUUUAUGAGACCAUAAUGAGCGAGUGUUAAUGUGGAAAUUAGAAAAGCCUCGACCGCGCAAACAGUCGAUGGUGCGAAGAAUACGAAGGGAGAGGAAGAAAAAAAAAUUGAUUGGUACCUAUUAGGAAGAAAAAUAUGAUCGGAUAAAUCAUGAAAGUGUGCCACAAUAAAGGGUGCUUUAGGACCAUCACGAUCAACUGAAGGAAAAGCAAAGUGGUUGCAGCCGAAUGAAGUAAAGCGAAAUUCAGCCAAGUUGUAAAAAUAAGAAAGAAAAGAAAAGUGAUCAGUGAUCAAGUGCUAUCAGCGACGAAAUGAAGUACGGAAUGAAAUGACUUCAUUAGUGCCAGAUCAUCGUGUCUGUGGUUGAGCGGAUCCGUCAGUUUAGUGAAAAGUUGCAAUAUAAGUGUAGCUGUGCUAGCGGACGAUCUUUGUGGUCUAGAUCGAGACUGUCUGGAUUACGUGGCCGCGUUCAUUGAUUCUACUCGAUUAUAAUAGACGACUUUGGAAGUUUUUUAUGACCGAAAAAAUACAACUGCGUUCAAGUUAAAUUCCGAAGAAAUAAAGUUUCUCCGAUGCAUAUUUGGAUUUGUACGGGGAACUACACCAAGUGACACACCAGGAACCACCAGGAAAAGAUCGCUUACGUCGGUCUUGUUCUAAGACUUAGAAGAUUCGCAACUACCCCCCGUUCGCCGCCACCGCUGUCUUCCACUGCUCACCGAGGAUGACGCCGUCCGGGAUGCUACCGUCGGCGAAACCCUUGUCCCGGCAACUUCUGUCGCUGACGGUAAUAGCACUACUCCUGUUGCUACCAACCAGCUCUUCCACCUCUCCCUUCAAUUGUCCACAUGGUUGCGAGUGCGAUGAGUCCACUGUCAAGUGUACCAGCAUUUCCGGUUUACGAAAUAUCGACAAAAGCUUGCCCAUCAAGCGAUUGGUGCUGUCCGGACUGGAGUUGACUAAAAUUCCCGCCCAGCUGGAGAACAUUCGAAACAUCACCGAACUGGAUCUAUCCAACAACCAUCUCUCGGAGGUGAAUCACUUGGGCAAACGGAUACGGAAGCUAGAUUUGAGUCAGAACAAGAUUACGUCUGGGAAGCUGGCAAAGGUUCCGUCGUUUGUGGAGUCGCUCAAUUUGACACACAACGAAAUCACCUACCUGCCACUGCAUUUGAUGAAACUGAAGAAGCUCCGUUACAUUGAGCUGGCAAAUAAUCCGAUCAAUUGUACGUGUGAGACGUUACACAUCCGGAACUGGUUGACGACCAGGCACGUAUGGUCCGACCAACACAUCAAGUGCAGUGCCCCGCAAGAGUUCAAGGGUAGACCGUGGCUGCAGGUUAAACAGGCGGAUGUUUGUCACGAAGCAGUCGGAAGGAUGGGUGGGUACAACUGGGAUGAUUACGAGGACGAGAAUGAUCUGAUGCUGGGCGAUCAGGCAAAUUUGGGUGAAGACGACGAGAAAGAAGAGGAGGAGGAUGAGUUUAAUAAGGAGUAUUUCCCUGUCGGGGAAAAGCUGAAGGCGAAGGAUCCUCCGAUUGAGAUCGAGAAUGAUGAAGAUCUGGAUGGGGGUUCAGGAGAUGGAGCUCCUGUGGAUAUUGGUGUAGAAGAGAACAUUGAAGCCAGGAAGGUGGUUGAUGUUGGAGCAUCGGAAGGAUCCGGGGAAGAAAAGAAUGAAACGAUACCGGUUGUUCGAGUAGCUCAAAUCCAGAAUGCUGUUGAAGGGAGUGAGGAUGCGGAUGAUGGAAGUGGCAGCGGAGGAGGUAUUCUAAUUUACGGAUCACGUGGAAUUGGCGAGGAAGCGCAUACCUCUGAAGGCCCUGGUACUGAUGACGGCUUUGAGGAUGUUGAUGAGGAAGUUAGUGAAGAGAAACCAAUAACCCCACCGGACGGUUUGGGUAUCUUUGGUAAAGGACUCGACGAUGAUACGACGUCAUCGUCGUCGUCGACGACAACAGAGACCACUGCAGCGGUUGUUCCCAUGGGAGGACGAAUGGAGAUGCCUAAAGAUCCUUCUACCGGUACCGAAAGUACUGUUGCUGAUGAAGAACUACGAGUUUCCGAACAACCAACCCGGGCUGAUGCUGAUAGCCAAGGAACGUAUAUUUUGUUGACAAUCUUGGGAAUUCUUCUUGUUUCUCUAAUUUUACUGGUUAUGUGCAAGCGUAAGCCUGAUGCUAGAAACCGUCGUAAUAAGAGUGAUGUAGAAGCUGCCAAUGGACGCGAGCUGCAAGACAUGGAUAAGACUUUACUGGGAAAACCGGUGGAAAAGAACGGCCACAAUCCACCAGAACGAACCCCUUUGAUGAAUGACAAAUCAGAUGCUGAGAAGAUUUUCAAUGAUAAGUCUAAUAACUACGUACCGACCAAACCAGAACGAACUUCGCUAGAUAAGUCAGCAAUGGAAUCCUUCAAACCAGUGCCUGCUGACCGAAACAAGAGCAAAGAAAGUCUCUAUGAAAAUAUGCCUCAAAAUAACAACAAUAAUAAUACGGUCCCGCUCCAGAACGGUAACGGCACCCUGUCUCCUGUGAGCAACGGUGAUCCUGCUGGAGUUCACCAACCCAAACACAAUGUGCCAUCACAGAACGAUGAAGUGUUCCUACCGCCGAACGGCAACCCCAACUAUCUCCAUCCCGAACCACCCUCAAACAUUGUGGAGUCGCCCAAAUCCAAACGCUACAGUCCGAUCUAUGCACCCACAUCGCCCAAAUCAGACCGCUACAGUCCGGUCUACUCGCCGGAAACUGGACGCGUCAAGAUCAAACUAACCGAGACACCCAAACCGAAAACUCCCAUCUUAGUCACGCGAAGUCGAUCGAGAGCCGGAGACUAUAUCACGACACCGGAUCAGAAAAUCUGAUUCCGGCAGAAACAACAACGACGGUGCACCCUGCGGAUUCGGCUGCAGCAACCUUCCUAGCGAAUCGGGGACGUCACGGGUUCGGUGACGUCCGUGAGCAUAACUAAUCCGGACAACCAGUCUGUAUUUUUAAAUCGAAGCUAACAUCGUCGUUAUCGGGCAAGCGGAAGGCCGCCGCCGACGCGAUAAGGACUAAAGAGUAAAUCGAGUCAAUUUUUGUGUAUAGAUAAAACUGUGUCUGGCAACGAGCUUACGAUUAUCUAACGAAUCAUGUGCGCUCAAAACAGUUUACUUUAGGUAUAGUGAUCGUCGAGUUUCAAAAAGGAAACUAUUUUCGGUUCUUCAACAAAUAUCAUUCAAAAAGAAAACCGAAUAACUUUAUAAUCUAGUUCAUUGCAAUCCACAACUAUCAUUAAAGUGCACAAACCAUUAAAUACUGUAGCAAACAAAUUUAAGACGGGUGACAGAACAAGUUGAAUUCUAGAACGAUCUAACAGAAGCUAUACAUGAAUAUUUACCGUGAAAAAAAAACAAAACAAAUAUUGAAUUGUGAUAGUUAACCGAGUGGAUAAAUAUUUACCGAACAAAUGGCACCCGUUUGGAAGUAAACAGGAGUGAGUAAACAACAGUGUAAUAUUAUAAAUUUGCAACGUUCCUCUAUCGUUCAGCCAGCUCUCGUUCCAUCAACCGCAACUUCUCAAGUAAAUCACUGGCAAACUCAACGCCACAAGAAUGUACAUAAUCGUUAGCCAACAACAAC